AUGGUAAAGAUUUUGAAGACUCAGAAAGUGGACAGAAAAGAAUUUGUUGAAUGUGUCAAAAUCCUUAAAGAGUUGGAUAAUAUACUGAAGAAGAAUAUGUAUGAGACUCAUGUCUCAAAUUCAAAUUUCUCCAAAUUUGAAAAGCAAAUCAACAGUCGACAAUCUGAAAUGAUGAGUCUUGAAAGACAAAUCACUCUUGAUAAUCAUCGUGAGAUCAUGGAAUCAAUGGAAUUAUUCAAGAAUCAGAUGAUUGAAAUUCAAGGCAGCCUGAGAAGAUCUGAUGGUGAAAGUUUGGAGUAUGCCGACUCCAUUGCAAGGAAAUUUCAAGAGAAAGAAAAUGCAAAAGCUGGUGCUGAAAAAGAACAGACUCGUAUCACUCAAGGUGAGCCCAGUAUAAGAGGAGACGGUGUAUCAACCGGCACCAAAUCUAAGCGAGCACCAACCAACGAUGAAAAUCCAAGGCCAACCAAAAGAGACGGAGGUAGAAGUGGUAGUGAUCACGGAGGCCGAAGCAAUAGUGGUGGCCGUGGUGGGCAAUCUGGUAGUGAUCGCGGAGGUCGUACUAGUGGUGGUGAUCGUGGUGGGAGAUCUAGUGGAAGCGGUCGGGGUGUACGUGCUUUUCCUCCAUUUCGCAAUCUACUAACCGGUCAAGAGAUGACGAAUGAAGGGAUGAGCUACGAAGGAACUCGUUUCCCUAUCGAUCCUCUAGUGAAAAGGGAAGAACAAUAA